AUGCUGUGUGGACUGGAACUUAGUCCUGGUCUGCAAGGAAAGUCGGCAAGUAUCUGCUUAAGCAUAGAUGGCAGAGCGAAGAAGUGGAUCGUGUAUCCACACCCCUACCUUCAGGUACAGGGAGAGUUAAUACCAACUUUAACCAUUAACCAAGUCUACAAGUACUUAGGCGUUAACAUCUCGCCACAAAGUACAAAGGCAACCGUUUCAGAUACGCUGAAGCAGGGGCUGAGUAACAUCUCUAAAGCCCCACUGAAGCCGCAACAGAGGCUAUAUACUGCUGACUGCCAUCUGGUUCCCAAGCUACUCCACCAGCUUAGUCUAACACCGUCAUCUGCCAAGUACUUGAAAUGGCUCGAUUUAACUAUGCGAUCUGCUGUUAGGUCCUGGCUUAAACUACCGAAGGACACCUCAACCACCUUUUUCCAUGCUAAGGCGGUUGAUGGUGGGUUGAAUCUUCCUCUGUUAGAGCACGAAAUACCACUCCUUAAUCAAGCAAGAGCUGCUAGAAUGGCUGAUUCCACGAACCCGGUGGUACGUGCUAUGCUGGAAACCCCGGUGGCACGUUAAGUCCUCAGGGAAAAGCAGACUACCCUAAAUGCCUCUGUUGUGGGAACACGGCAGGGUCUGAGGGGUGUGUUAGCACAACAACUGAAUCGUUCAUGCAAUGGACGAGGACUGGCGACAGCCCCACAUGUACCCGCACAACAUCUGUGGGCAACUUCGGGGGAUAUGACACUUAAUGGACAUGCAUACAUUGGUGCGAUCAAGAUCAGGGGCAACUUGGUCAGUACAGCCUUGAGAUCAGCUAGAGGUCGCCCCAACCAUGACAUCAGAUGCGACUGCUGCGGCAGACCAGAGUCCUUGGGUCACAUCUUACGGGUGUGUCCUCAGACUCGUGCAUCACAC